AUGUCAUAUGAAGGAGGUAUUGUCUGUGCUGGUACAAUUGUUAUCGAUUAUGUUAUAAUUGUUGAUCGAUGGCCAUUAGAAAGUUCUUUAUCAAAUAUUUAUCAUGAAACAAAAACAGGUGGUGGUGGUCCAUUUAAUGUUCUUAAAGAUUUACGUUCAAUGGAUAUGAAUUUACCAUUAUCUGUUGUUGGUUUCUUAGGUAAUGAUGAUAAUGGUCAAUGGUUAAUAGAUGAUUGUAAAAAAUCUGAUAUUGAUGUUCAUCAAUUGCAUAAAACUAAAGAUAGUACACCAACAUCAUAUACAUAUGUAAUGAGUGUUGAAUCAACUGGUCGACGAACAUUUUUUAAUCAACGUGGUACAAAUGCAUUACUUACGGAUAUUCAUUUUGAUUUUAACCAUAUAGUUAAUAAAAAACAUUGUAAUUUAUUUUAUCUUAGUUAUUU